AUGUUUGGUUUCAGCGGUAGUAAUAACGGGUUCGGAAAUAAACCAGCUGGUUCGACCGGUUUUUCAUUUGGACAAAACAAUAACAAUACAAAUACUCAACCUUCGGCUUCAGGAUUUGGUUUUGGGGGCAGCCAGCCAAAUUCUGGGACGGCUACUACCGGAGGGUUUGGUGCAAAUCAGGCCACAAAUACUUUUGGAAGUAACCAACAAAGUAGUACAGGUGGAGGCCUUUUCGGUAAUAAGCCUGCUCUUGGCAGCCUAGGAAGUUCAAGCACUACCGCUUCAGGAACUACAGCUACUGGAACAGGUUUAUUUGGGCAACAAACAGCACAACCUCAACAAUCCACCAUUGGAGGUGGGUUAUUUGGAAACAAGCCAACUACCACAACGGGAGGUCUUUUCGGCAACAGUGCACAAAACAAUAGUACCACAAGUGGGGGUUUAUUUGGUAAUAAAGUAGGAUCCACUGGCUCACUGAUGGGCGGCAAUAGCACUCAAAACACAUCUAACAUGAAUGCAGGCGGACUUUUUGGUGCAAAGCCUCAGAAUACUACAGCGACUACGGGAGGCCUAUUUGGCAGUAAGCCACAAGGAUCAACAACUAAUGGUGGCCUGUUUGGAAGCGGCACCCAGAAUAACAAUACCCUUGGGGGAGGUGGCCUUUUUGGCCAAUCCCAGCAGCCUCAAACAAACACUGCGCCCGGACUUGGAAACACGGUAUCCACACAACCAUCAUUUGCUUGGUCUAAGCCUUCAACUGGAUCUAAUUUACAGCAGCAGCAGCAGCAGCAAAUUCAAGUACCGUUGCAACAAACGCAAGCAAUUGCUCAACAACAGCAGCUGUCUAAUUAUCCGCAGCAAAUUCAAGAACAGGUGUUGAAAUGUAAAGAAUCGUGGGAUCCAAACACAACGAAAACAAAACUCAGGGCUUUCGUGUACAAUAAAGUGAACGAAACGGAAGCCAUUUUAUAUACAAAACCAGGACAUGUACUUCAAGAAGAGUGGGAUCAGGCAAUGGAAAAGAAACCUUCCCCUCAGACAAUUCCCAUUCAAAUAUAUGGAUUUGAGGGUUUGAAUCAACGUAAUCAAGUACAGACUGAAAAUGUAGCCCAAGCUAGAAUAAUUUUGAACCAUAUUUUAGAGAAAUCCACACAAUUGCAACAAAAGCAUGAAUUGGACACUGCGUCCAGAAUUUUGAAGGCACAAUCAAGGAAUGUUGAAAUUGAAAAAAGAAUCUUAAAAUUGGGCACACAAUUGGCAACCCUGAAAAAUAGAGGACUGCCAUUGGGUAUUGCAGAAGAGAAAAUGUGGUCGCAAUUCCAAACUUUACUACAGCGGAGCGAAGAUCCUGCAGGUUUAGGUAAGACUAACGAACUUUGGGCACGUUUGGCUAUCUUAAAAGAACGUGCUAAAAACAUUUCUAGUCAAUUAGAUAGUAAAUUAAUGGUUUUCAACGACGAUACAAAAAACCAAGACAGCAUGUCCAAAGGCACCGGUGAAGAAUCUAAUGAUCGUAUUAAUAAGAUAGUGGAAAUUCUGACGAAUCAACAACGCGGUAUAACAUAUUUAAAUGAGGUUUUAGAGAAAGAUGCUGCAAUUGUAAAAAAAUAUAAAAAUAAAACGUAA